UAUCUCCUUAGAACUCCAGCUUUUCUUUUAGAGCAUAGUUAAACAAGUUCAAUAAUGACCAAAGUCCUAAGUUUUUUUAACGUUGGAGUUACGAAAUAUAGGGUGUUAAUGUGUUUACCUCAUACCGAAGUUAAGGAUUGAAUGUCAAAUGUGAAUGUCCACAAAGGUAACCCGGAUUUUUGGGAGUAUUCUGGGAGAGAAACACCAGAUAAGAGCGAGAGGAGUUAUGGGCACCAGCGUGCAAGUUUCUGCGGGUCAGAUGCCCCGCGCCGGGCGGGCAACAGGCGGUACAAGUGCAGAUCCAGCAAUAGAAGGGCUAUUUUUGCCCGGGGCCCGGGGGUUUGCUCCGACCAACUUGUCGCCUCAUCCCUACAAGCCGAGGAUAUGCGGUCUUAGGAUGAAGUGCUGACAUUACUCGAGCGAGGGCCUCCGCGAGCAACAGGCAGUACCGAUAUACCAUGGCAAAGAUCGACAGCCAGCCUAUUGCCUCAGGCGGACGAGGGCUUGGACCGCACCGGCGGUGCUUUCGAAGCAAGCGCUGUUUGGCAUUUUUUGGCAUUAUGUUUUUUUGGAUUGAUUCAGGAAGGAGAACAGGGCAAGUUGGAGAAAGGGAUAGAGAAACAUUUGAAAAACUCUUGUCGGGAUACACUCAAGCUGCCUGUCUCGGUCUUUCGGGGACAGCCAUGUUGUUAGAAAAGCUUGGUAGGGCUCUCUGAACUUUCGUUGACUCGAUACAU